GUUUAUUUUCUAAGUUUAUUUCACAGCAAUCAAGUAGUCAAGGUGAAAUACCUUGAAUUUUAAAAUUUGUCACUUUACAAUUGUUUUUUAUUCUUUACAAAAUGUCUAAUAAAAUGUAACAUGGAAUCUCAAGAACAGGAAACAACAAGACCUUUUCUUGUGGUACGUGGUGCAAAUGUAACCGGAGUCAAAAAGCCAACACAUUAUCUGGAGACGCUAACGCACGCAAUUAAGGGAAAUGUUGGUACAGGAAUUUUUGCAAUGGGAGCUGGGUUCAUGAACAGUGGCAUGCUUCUAGGCCCACUGUUGCUGAUCUUCAUAGGCGUUGUGAAUUUGCACUGCCAACACAUACUUAUCAAUGCUUGUAUUAAAAUUACAGACAAGGAACCUGUUCCUGUCCUGCCAAGUUUUGCCGAAACUGUGCAAUACACUUUUGAAGAUUGUGACUCUCAAUGGUUGAAAAAGUAUUCCAAAGCUUUUGGAAUCACAACUGAUGUGUUUCUAAUUCUGGCAGAGUACGGUUUCUGCGUUGUCUACUUCAUUUUUGUUUCUAGACAUCUGGGCGAGACUGCUGAAAGUUACCACUGGAAGCAAAAUUACCGCGUGAUUCUCGCUCUUAUUUUAAUCCCAAUGUGGGUUUCAACCUUUCUAGGAAACCUGAAGUUGCUAACUCCAGUGUCUUUAAUAGCGAAUAUCAUUAUGUGGAUUGGAAUUGUAUUAAUCUUGUAUUAUUCAAUCAUCCAUUUGGACUUGAAAACUCACCGAGCUUUGAUAUCUAACGUCGACAAGCUUCCGCUCUGUUUUGGCAUAAUUUUAUUUGCACUGAGCGGAAUAACUUUUAUUGUACCAUUACGAAUGGAAAUGAGAAAUCCUGAUUCCUUUAGCACUCCUUUCGGAGUUUUAAAUGUGGCAAUGGUGGUGGUAGUAGCUCUCUACUUGCUUGUUGGGGUUUUCAGUUUUUGGAUGUGGGGAGACGAUGUCAAAGGAAGUGCUUUCCUCAAUUUACCACAAGAAGAAGGACUUGCUAUCGCCACGAAAAUCCUGAUCUGCUUUGGCGUAAUGUUUACAUUUGCCUUGCACAUGUACAUUCCUUUCGAAAUUGCUUACCCGAGAUUUUACAAAAAAUGGGGACCUUUCAAUCACCCAACUUUGAUAAUCUACGUUUACAGAUCAAUAGCUGUUCUUAUAACUUACGCCAUAGCCAAUGUUAGUGCAAAUUUGGGAUCAUUUAUUUCGUUGAUUGGAGCAUUGACUGGAUCUUUUUUAGCACUACUUGUGCCAGCAAUGCUUGAUCUGGCAAUGAUGUGUGGAUCACUCACUUUUUUCACAAUCUUCAAGGAUGCGUUUAUCAUUGUUCUGGCUUUUGCAGGAGCUAUUACCGGGUCUGUGUUAUCAAUCAUGGAUAUUAUCAAAGACUACACUACUAGAGGAGAAGAAGCGUAAGAAAACUUCGGUUCAGAGAGCAAAACUAUUUCUAUUUAUUGUUUGACAAAUUUGAAAUCCUCAUUAUUCAAUCCGUUGUUGAGACCGAACAAUAUCUGUUAUAACAUAACUGAUUUUCUAAAUCUAAUAUUAGUACCAAUCAUAUAUACAUAAAAUAUUAACGAAGAUAACGUCUAAAUUCACGCAUCUCGACCCGCAAUCCCUGAAGAGAUUGAGGCGAAAUGUCACAGUUAUACAGUAACAGCAAUAAAUAACAAAACAUAA